AUGUAUUCAGAGGUUUUGUUUGGAUUCGAACGUAAUGAUGAUAAACUUAUAUUAAUAGUUCAUUUCAAAGAAGAAAAAUAUUAUUUGUACUACGAUGACUAUGAGAGAUAUGCUCUGCUCAAAAAAGACAAACCAGAAGAUCCUUUAUUUAUCGAACAUGUAAAAGACCAACCAUGUGUUAUGUUUGGAAAUAUAUUUUUGUUUACUAUAAGAAAUAGAGAAUAUCGUUUCAAAUUAGAAUCAGGCGGUUCUUACUGGGAGUUUGAACAUCUCACUAAUAAUGAAACGAGCACAAUAUUUCAAUUUAUAUCAAAACAAGAUCCGGAAACUUAA